AUGGCGAGCGCGGAUCUGCUGCGGAGGGAGGAGGAGUUCUACGAGUCCCUGUUCGAUUCCGCCAAAGGCGAUGCCGCUGCCGCCAAGACGCGUGGGCAGAUGAUUGAGAGGAAGAUUGAAGCCUUGGAGGACAUGGCAACCAAGGUUAGUAACCGGAGGUCUCGCAGAUGGUUGAAUGAUCGCUUGCUGAUUGAGCUCGUCCCUCGUCUUCAUGUUGAAGAAAUCAAAGGCCUCUUUGCCCCUCCGCCAUUUGGUGAGGAAGCACCACUGUCAGCAUUUUGCAGGACAAGUGUUGGUGAGUGGGAUGCCUUCAGGAGCAUUGACAUGGACGUUGAGGCAAGAUUUAUGCAACGGAUGAAACAAUCCUCAGCUAAGCAGAAGAAUCUUGUGAAUGAAGAUGAGUCAAUUGUGCUGAAUGCUUGGCGCCGUAUAGAUUGCCAAACAAGAGAAGCUAUGAAGAGAAACUUCCUACCUGAACUGCUUGAAAUAUAUGAGGAACGGAUCAGGGCCUUCAUUGAAGACACUACCGAUAAAGAUGUGCUUGUGUUGAAUGUCCAGGACCCAUUUCAGAGGUUGCUAUUACAUGGUGUGUGCGAGUUCUACAACGUAACGUCUACGACAACGGGUACUGUGCAAGAUGGAAAGCCGUGGAAGACGACAACAAUCAAGAAGCGUUCGGGGACGGGUGUUGCCCCCAUGAUCACAUUGAAGCAUAAUUGUGCUUCACGUGAUGUACAAAUGUACUUUUCACUUUUUGAACAACACAAUUUGCACGUCAGACGGAAGCACAACUAUGCUUCAUACAAUGAACAACCAUGA